AUGCUCCAAUUUGUGGACAAUUGCAACAUUUCCAUUGAGUCACGCAACAAAAUGCAUCAAGCCACGAUCUUCAGCUGCCUGCUCCUGGGCAUCCUGGUAACUCUUGCGAGCGCCUACAACGGCCAGGACAUCUAUGCGGAGCCCAAUUGCGCCAUUGUCGAGGAUCAUGCUCGCAAAUUCCGUGACAUCUCCGAUCCGACACAUUACUGGGUCUGCCCCGAGGGCCAGGAGAAGGCCGACUAUAUCCAAUGCCCGGACAACUAUGCCUUCAUGGAGCCACAGCAGGAUUGCGUCGUCUGGGAGGAGUGGAAGUGGCUUGAGCCUUAUACCAAAUAAACAGC